GUACGUGCCCGCUUCCAAGAUGGCGGCAGCGGUGUCUGGCGUGCUGGGCCGGGCGGGCUGGAGGCUCCUGCAGCUGCGGUGCCUACCCGUUUAUGUUUCAGUGUCCCGCUGCCGACAACCUCUGGUGCCACGGGCCUUCCAUGCUUCUGUGGGGCUCAAGUCUUCAGAAGAGCAGAAGCAGCAGCCUUCCUCCGACUAUUCUCAGCAGCAUUCUGAGACACAGGGGGCAGGAAGACCUGAUUCAGAGUCUCCUCAUCCACCCCCCAGGUACACAGAGCAGAGCGGAGAGGAGGAGGAGGACUAUGAGAGUGAGGACCAGCUGCAGCACCGCAUCCUCACAGCAGCCCUGGAGUUCGUACCCAUCCAUGGCUGGACGGCAGAGGCCAUUGCCGAAGGAGCCAAGUCCCUGGGACUCUCCAGUGCAGCAGCCAGCAUGUUCGGGAACGAUGGCAGCGAGCUGAUUCUGCACUUUGUGACCCAGUGCAAUGCCCGGCUUACCCGAGUGCUAGAAGAGGAGCAGAAGCUGGUACAACUGGGCCAGGCAGAGAAGAGGAAGACAGACCAGUUCCUGAGGGAUGCAGUGGAAACCAGACUGAGAAUGCUGAUCCCGUACAUUGAGCACUGGCCCCGGGCCCUCAGCGUCCUCCUGCUCCCUCACAACAUCCCGCCCAGCCUGAAUCUGCUCACCAGCAUGGUGGAUGACAUGUGGCACUACGCUGGGGACCAGUCUACAGAUUUUAACUGGUAUACGCGUCGUGCUGUGCUGGCUGGCAUCUACAACACAACAGAGCUGGUGAUGAUGCAGGACUCAUCCCCAGACUUCGAGGACACUUGGCGCUUCCUGGAAAACCGGAUUAAUGAUGCCAUGAACAUGGGCCACACUGCCAAGCAGGUAAAGUCCACUGGAGAGGCACUGGUUCAAGGACUCAUGGGUGCAGCAGUGACGCUCAAGAACCUAACAGGUCUGAACCAGCGCCGGUGAAAGGAUAGAUGUCAGCCUGAGUUCCUGGAAGAAAACAAGCAGCUAGAUUUAAAGAGCUUUGAUAAGUAAGUAUCAUCCAUGGAACCAGAUGUUCAUGAAAACACACUGAAGGACUCUGGAGUCACUCCACAGCCACUAGGAAACCAUCAGGCACCUGAACACAACUCUGGCCUGGAACUGGGCCACUUUCUUCGGUUCCUACUACCCAUCUGGUCUUGUGAAGCCUGAGGGAUGUUCUCAUCUGAGCACUCAAACCACAGAAACAGCACCUCCCUCACGGUCUUACCUUGAUCAUGUCUUAGUCUUACAAGUAGUUGGUGGGGCAACCAGGCACCAGGUCCAAUGCCACCACAAGGUGGCAGUCCAUCCCCAGCAGAGCACAGGCUUGGGUGCACACAAGUUCCUUGCUGUUGUCCUGAGAUGCUACACCUGCGGAUCCCCUUAGAAAGCUGCCUCGCCUGAGGUGGGUGCCUGCUGGGUGGACAGUGAUGCGUUGUGGGAGUGUUACUGUAUUUAGAAUAUGUACAAUGAAUGAAUCUGUAAAAAAUAAUAAAUAUAUUUGAAGCA